AGGAUAAUCAAAUAUGCAUAUAUAAUGCAAUAUAGGUAAUAUAACCUAAUAUCCCAAUGCAUUGCUUAGUUAAGUCAUAUUUGCAACCCUUCAGAACUGUAUUAGCAAACCCCAUUAUUGACUUCCAAAUCUUACAAAUCUAACUACAUAUGAAUUCUGUGAAUGUUCUGAUCGUAUCCAGAGAAACCAUUAAACCAUCAUCUCCAACUCCUCAAAAUCUCAAAUGUUUCAAACUUUCCCUGCUAGACCAGCUCGCUCCUGCAGCUUAUGUCCCUAUGAUCUUGUACUAUGCACCAACUGCUGAUUCCAUUGUCAAAAAUCAAGAAAGAAUUAAUCUGCUAAAGAAAUCUUUAUCUCAAACCUUAACCAAAUUCUAUCCACUGGCAGGAAGAGUAAAACAAAACCUGUUCAUAGAGUGUAAUGAUCAAGGAAUAGAUUUCAUAGAAGCAAAACUCAACUGUUCUCUUUCAGAUAUCCUCCGGCGACCAGAGGCUCAUAUUUUGGAUCGAUUUCUUCCUCAGGAAUACCAUUUUCAUGUGUCUUCAUCAUCAACGAAAUGCUCCCAAAUGGGUAUUCAAGUAAAUAGUUUUAGCUGUGGAGGAAUGGCGAUUGGGACAAGCAUAUCGCAUAAACUCGUUGAUGGCAUUACUUUCACUUCCUUUAUCAACACAUGGGCUGCAAUGGCUAGAGGCUCUAAUGAUAACCUUUUAUCGCCUAUUUUUGUCGGGCCUCAUAUUUUCCCGCCAAAAGAUAUUUAUGGAUUGUUGCCUGUUCUUGACAUACCAAAAGCCAAAAACACAACAAAAAGAUUUGUGUUUGAUCUUUCCAAGAUUGGUUUACUGAGAGAAAGAUUGUUUGGCAAUGGAAAUUCAUCUGUUAAUAACAAGAACAAUAAUAAUAAUAAUAAUCUCCCUAGUCGAGUUGAAAUAGUAUCUGCCUUAAUAUGGAAAUGCGCUAUUGAUGCCUCUAGAACUAAAAAACCAUCUUUCUCGACGCAGACCGUUAAUUUACGUGCCAGGAUGGAUCCACCAUUGCCGGAAUCCGCAGCAGGAAAUCUUCUUUGGCUGGCAAUUGCGCCGGCGCCGAGUGAUGGCAGUAGCAAGAUUGAGAUUCAAGAUUUGGUGUAUCAGGUGCGAAAUGCUUUGAAAAAAUUUGACACUGAUUAUGUCAAGAAAUUGCAGGGUGAAAAUGGGAGUUUAGUGUUAGAGGAGACACUUAAGCAAAUAACAGAACUUGCUUUGAAACAUGUUGAUAUAUACAGGUUUACUAGCUUAAGGAAAUUUCAGUUAUACGAAGGUGAUUUUGGGUGGGGAAAGCCUGUUUGGAUAAGUAGUGCAGGAUUGACAUUCAAGAACGUCGUCGUUUUGAUUGAAAGCAGAGCUGGUGACAGAGUUGAAGCUUGGGUGACCUUAGAUCAACAAGAAAUGGCAGUUUUUGAGUGCAAUCAGGAAAUUCUUUCAUUUGAUUCUCCCACUCAUAAUUCUUCCUUUUUGCUGCUUAAUUCUAAUCUUUAGAGUUUGUUUUAAAAAUGAAUUGAUCAUUGAACUUGUGGCAUGCGAUGAACAACGUAAGGUAGUUCUGUCUUUUUCUUGUAAUCUCUCCUGCCUAUCAAAUGAAAUUUGAAUUUGCAAUAAUAUUUGCAGAUGUUUUUUCUUUUC